AUGAUCUCUGUGGAUGAAAUGACGAACAGCGUAGAGCACAAACACUUGUUGAUGAGCUAUGUGAUGGAGCUGAGGGAAGCUCUGGGAGUCGAGGCGCUGCGCGGACACAACUCAGAUGGUCUGGAGCCUUCGUCCAGCGUGGUACGAGUGUUCAUCAGCUCAACAGUCUCAGAUCUUAACACUGAACGAAAUGCCUUUUGGGAAAAAGCCUAUCCUGAGUUACAAAGCUACUGUCAAAGUCUUGGCCUGGUCUUUGAGGUUGUGGAUUUCCAGUGGGGUUUGAGGGAUUCAGUCACUGUUGAUCACCUAACAACUGAGCUGUGUCUUCGGGAGAUCCAAUCAUGUCAGAAAUUGUCGCUUGGACCAAGUUUUAUUGCUAUGGUUGGCAGUCAGUAUGGACACAGACUCAUUCCACACCUCAUAUCAGAGAUUGAGUUUGAGUUACUGCUCUCAAAACUUUCCAAGGACCAAGAAGGCUUGACAGUACUUAAGAAAUGGUUCAUCAAAGACGAUAACUCUGUACCCCCUAAAUAUGUCCUUCAGCCAAUCACCACGCACUAUCCUCAUUAUAAUGAUACAAAACCUGAGGCUAGACCACAGCAUGAAUCUGACAUUUUGUCCUGGAAUCUCACUGAAGCUCGGUUAUUGCAGCUGUUAUGCAGUGCAGCGCUGCAAGCCGAGAAUGAUGGCGACUUCAGCGCAGAGCAGAAGCACAAGUUCUUCAAGUCAAUGACGGAAUGGGAGAUGGAGCAGAGUUUUCUCUCAACUCAAGAGCAGGACACGCUUUCACCUGUCAUCUUUAUCAGGGAACUACCUCAUUUAAAGAAAAGUGAAAGCCAUAAGCAUGCUAAGUUCUUGGAUGUCACAGCUGAUGGUCUCAUAGACACUGAAGCCCAGGAACUCUUGACCAAACUAAAACAGCGUAUCUCCAGUGUGUGUUCAAGUUAUCUCACCUUGGAGCUUAGUAAAAAUGCUAUGGAUGUGAAUCGUAAGGAGCACAAGGAGUAUCUGGAGAGAUUCUGUGAACAGAUUGUAUGUCAGAUAAAGGAGAGGAUUGCCAAGCAAUCUGUUCCACCAACAGGUCCGGGGUGGCUGUGGAUUCAACAGGAGCUUUUUCAUCAUGCAAGGCUAAGUAAAGACAAGUGUGCUAUUUUUAUUGGAAGAGAUGGUCCACUGGCAAAGCUCUUCCUCACAAUGUGGGAGUCGACAAAUAUACAGCAUGCACCACUCGUAAUCUACGGGCAUCCAGGAAUUGGUAAGACCGCUCUGCUGUGUAAACUGGCCCAGGAGAUGCGGACUGUUCUAGAUCCACAAGCUGUGGUUGUUCUCCGGCUGCUUGGAACAUCUCCCAUCAGCUCAGAUGUAGACUCUGUCCUAAAGGGGAUUUGUUUACAGGUUUGUGGAGCUUUGGGACUGGCAACUCCCUGCCCAAAGACUGCAAACACACAUGAGAAGUUGGUAAAGUUCUUCCAUGCCAUGCUGCACAAAGUGUCUGAAGAUGGAGAAACACUAGUUCUCAUCCUGGACUCUUUGGAUGACCUCUCACGGGCCAACAAUGCUCAUAAAUUGCAUUGGAUACCUAAAGAAAUUCCUCCUAAUGUACAUUUGGUAGUGUCUACCCUAUAUGACGGGUCUCCUUUCAAGAGAUUGAAAGCUCUAGUUAGUGAUGAUAAAUGUUUCUUUGAAGUAGAACCACUGAAUUGUGAUCAAGGGCAGGACAUCAUUAAUGCCUGUCUGAACGGUGCUGGAAGAAGACUUCUGUCUGAGCAAACACAUGCAAUCACUGGCAACUUCCAAAAGAGUGGAAGUCUUUUGCAUCUGAAGCUAAUGGUGGACAUGGCAAAGCAGUGGUCAUCCUACACCUCCAUGUCUGAUAUUCAUCUUGGCAGCUCGGUUCAGGAAGUAAUCUCACUGUUUCUCCAGACACUGGAAAAAAAACAUGGUGAGAAGCUUGUCCGCCACGCUCUGGGUUACAUCACCUUAUCGAGACGUGGCUUGUCGGAGGCAGAACUACGUGAUGUCUUGUCUGUGGAUAAUGAUGUUCUGGCGGAGGUCUACCAGAGCCGGCUUCCCCCGAGCCACACCCUCAUACGCUUUCCUCCUCUUCUUUGGGCACGCCUCAGACAUGACCUAAGAGAUCACCUAGUCGAGCGUUGGGAAAAUGGCAUUAUUGUGUUAGUGUUCAACCGAAGGCAGUUUACUGACAUUGUGAAGGCAAAGUAUCUUUCUGUGGAGUACCGAGUUCAAAUGCACAGUGUUCUCAGUGAAUACUUCUCAGGUCAGUGGAGCCAGGGCAAGCUCAAACCCAUACUUCUGUCAUCACUGAGUACCCAACUGAAUGCUGACAGAAAGGUUCCGCAUCAGCCCCUAUGGUAUGCUGAAGGAGUGGCCAAUCUCAGAAUGCUGCAUGAACUGCCUUAUCAUCUUAUACACGCAGGCAAAUGGGAGGAACUGCGUCACUCGCUGCUAGGCAAUUUGGACUGGUUGUAUUGUAAGACCCUCAGCUGUGGUGUGGCCAGUGUAAUUCAGGACCUGUCACUCUGUGUUGACAUCAUAGACUGUCCUGAGAUCCAAUUGAUCAGGGACUGCUUUCUGCUGCUGAAGCCUACCAUAGAUUUCAUCGAUGGACACACAGACUCGCUCCUUCUAUUCACUGAGAUCACUGCCAGGCUUCAAGCUCUGGCUCCUGAGUACCCUUCGCUGAUUGGGCGCCUAUGCUCGCAAUGCGACGAGCGGUUUGCUUCCUGUGCAGACCCAGUGCUUGUGCCCAAGAGUAGCUUCUUACAACCCCCUGGAGGACCUUUGAUAAACACCCUCAGUGGUUCGGGAAAAGGGAUUACUGCAGUAGAUCUGUGUUUGGAGAGAGAAUUACUGAUAGCAGGUUCACUGGAUGGAGAGUUGAUUGCAUGGGACCUAAAGUGUCUUGAGAUGCUUCAUACAAUUGACGGACACACAGGUACAGUGCAGUCAGUGAAGUUUGUAAAGAAAGGUGAACACUGCUUGUCUACUGGACUUGAUGGCUCUCUUAGAAAAUGGAGUCUGCUCACUGGGAAACAGCUCUUCAGCAUUCCUGCUGUGGUCUCGGUACAACCCUGGCCUACUGAACAGAUCAUUGUGCUUGAGCCUAAAGCAAUGGUCUUGUCCAACACACAGGGACAAGUCAAAUCAUGGAAUUUAGACACUGGAGAGCUUCUUUAUGAAAUUGAUAUAAAAGGAGAGUGUUCAAUCCUUAGUGCACUGGUGGAUGAAGUGGCAGUCAUGUCCAGUGAUGGCCAAAUCUGGAUCUUUGAUUCAAAUACUGGCCUAGAAAAAUCCUACAAUAAGCUCACCUGCGCUCAGGGUUUCACUGUAUCCAGUGUGCUUUCACUCCCCCGACAUGGAAAACUCCUCAUUGCAUCUCAGGAGUGCUCAGUGAAUAUGGUCUCAGCGAGUGGUUCUCUAUGUGAAGUUGAGCUUCCUGCACCCGCUUCAUUUAUGUGCACUUCAGAAGAUGAAAAUGUGCUCUUUGCAGGCUGUGAGAGAACACUGGCUGUGCUACAUGUGAAUCCAGAUUCUGUGCACAAAACCCAGGAGCUCCAGCAUGAAGCCACAGUCCUAUCAGCUGUUUCAUUCUGCCAAGGAAGUAAAGUCGUUACGGGAUCUCAGGAUCAAAUCAUACGGGUUUGGGGUUUAGUCACUGGACACCUCCUCGACUCCUUCAGUGGUAUGGGAUCUCCUGUCACCUUCGUGUCUGUGUACAACAGCACAAUCAUCUCAGCCUCAACCAGGUCUGGUCACCUCAAACUGUGGCAGCUAGACUACGAUCCCAAACACAGAAUCCAGACCGGUAUUCCUGCCAACUGCCCGAGGGUGGUAAUAUCCAAAGAUGGCAGCACGGUACAUUUCAUCAGAGAAGAGGACAGGGCCAAGGUGUUCGCAUGGAACUGUUCUGAAGGUAAACCACACCACAUCCAACUGAAACUACAUGCAUGCUCCUCAGGUAUGUCCUCCGAUAUAAUGGAUGUGUGCGCAGAGGUGUGUUGCAUGGAACUGGCACAAGAGAAGCAGCUUCUCUUCUGCGGCCUCUGCACCGGUACUGUACUCAUCUACCCUUUAGCCUUUCCCCAAGAGACCCUGUGCCUUCCUCCUCCAGAGAGUCUGCCCACUGUGCGCAGCAUGGCCAUCAGUCCCAGGGAAGAUAAGAUUGCCGUGGCCUAUGAGGACACGGUGUGCUUGUUCGAGAUCACCACAAGAGACAGCUUCCCAUGCGUCGAGGGUCCAAUCCAUAACUACUCACUCUCCCUGCUUCACUCGCCUGUAUCAGCCAUGGCUUUGCUGCCCGACUGUAGACUCCUGUAUGGCACUUUCGGAGGGGAAGUGGCAAUCUAUGACUUCAAGAGCGCCACAACGGCAGAGCUGGAUCAGCACGGGGCUGCGAUCACCUGCAUUGCACUGAGUAACUGGGAUAAACAUGCUCUGGUAGGAUCUGAGGACUGUGUCCAGAAGCUUUGGAAUAUGAGUCCUGUUCUGCUGGACCAUACUAUGGAGUACAAGGGUUUCUAUUUCGAGGGCAUUCUGUGUGCAACUUUCUCUGUAAACGAUAAGUACGUGUUCACUGGUUCUCGGGACAAAACCAUCAAAGUCUGGGAUGUUUCUACAGGAUCCCUUUUAUACAUCCAGUAUGUUUAUGCUGCAGUCAUCAGGAUUGCACCCUACAAGGAUGGCUUUGUAGCCAUUUCACAGCUUGGCUCUUUCAUCAAGGAGGGCUUCCACUGUCCAAACACACUGACUCAAGGCUACAACCCGCUCCGUAACUUCAGAGCUCACUAUCGCGUUACUUCACGUGAGAAGAGUCUAGAGGCAUCUCACUCCGAGAUUACAGGGCUCUACAGUUACAAUCCAGCUCAGUUUAACUUCAUGACCAUUCUCAAGACUAAACAGUCCAGCACAUGUGUCCUUCUAUGA